GCAAAAUUCUUUCUAUUCCAAGCCAGGUCUGGAAGUUCUCACUUCUGCAGAGGAGCUGGUUUACUACAACUAAACAUGAAUGUUAAAGUUGUAACAACCGUUUUGAUCCUUGCCAUUCUAACAAUUUUAGCCUUGGUGCUGGUCAUUUUGUUUGAUCCAAAACCAAAAUCCUGCAGUUUGGAAAAUGAAAAAGCUUUGCUUUUAAAACACAAUGACAAGAGUUUGGUCUUUGCGGAUCUGACGCCUGAAGAACUUAUAGAAGUCCUAAGCUACUUAAAGAAAACUCUCCAAGAGAAUCUGGUGGACAUCUCCGCAGCCGAACCUGGUUCUAAUUGCAUAUACUCAGUGGAGCUUCUACCACCCAAAAAACAAGAUGCCUUACUUUAUUUGGAUAAAGGAGGACCCAAACCCAGAAGAGAAGCAUUGGCAAUAGUUUAUUUUGGAAGCCAUGCGGAACCUGUAAUUAAAGAGUAUGUAGUGGGACCUCUUCCAAAACCUACCAGCAUUAACGAUAUCACUGCCAAGAAAUACAAGGACAAACUUCCUUAUUACCGUAGACCUGUAAUUGGCAGUGAGUACAUGCAGAUUAGACGUUAUAUGCUGCUCAAGGAGUUUCCUAAGGCAAAAAGUUUCCUCAAGGAAGUGUUUGGCCAUAACGAGUCUGAUCAUGAAUUCUUUUCUGCUUUGACCAGUGCUCCAAGAGGAUUAAAAUCUGGAGACCGGAACACCUGGUUUGGUAUUUUCUAUAACACACAAGGCAGUGGCUAUUUCCUGCACCCAGUUGGAUUAGAGCUACUGGUAAACCACAAACACCUUGAUGUAACAAAGUGGAGAGUCGAUAAAGUAUUUUAUAAUGGUCAGUAUUUUGACACGCUUUCUGAUUUAGAGGAGAAAUAUAAAAGCGGGAAUUUGAAGACAGUUAAGAUGCAAAAGCCACAUCUCAAAGAUGACAUUGGUUCAAUGAAGCCCCAAAAACUUUCAAUAGCUGAUAUACCAAUGCAAUAUGAACCACAAAGUGCCCGCUACAGUGUAAGAAAUAAUCAAGUGCUAUUCCAACAUUGGAGUUUCGCAUUUGGGGUUAAUGUAAAUACAGGACUCAGAUUAUAUGAUAUUAAAUUCAGGGGUGAAAGAAUAGUCUAUGAGCUUGGUGCCCAAGAAGCAAUCAGUAUUUAUGGUUCCAAUGCACCAACUGGGAUGUCAACAAGGUACAUGGAUGGACACUUUGGCAUUGGACGUUCUACCUACCAACUUGUUCGUGGUAUUGACUGUCCUUACUUUGCUACUUAUGUAGACACCCAUUACUUGCUUGAUUCAGACACAGCGGUACUGAACAAAGGGUCCAUCUGCAUCUUUGAACUAAAUUCUGGCAUUCCACUGAGACGUCACUUCUCAAGUCUUGGCUCUUCCUAUUAUGGUGGUUUGGUUAACACUGUUCUUGUCAUAAGAACUAUUGCCACACUGGGCAACUAUGACUAUGUGUUUGAUUAUGUAUUCUAUCAAAAUGGAGCUAUAGAGUCAAAAGUCCAUGCAACAGGAUACAUAAGUACAUCAUUCUUUAUGGAAAAUGGAGUGGAACACGGUCACAGAGUGGGGCCCCAUACACUGGGAACCAUUCACACGCAUUUCAUCAAUUACAAGGUUGACUUGGAUGUUGGAGGAUUAAAUAAUUCUGUGGUGGCCCUUGACAUGGAGUUUCAGGAUAUGAAUAUCCCUUGGAAUCCUGAAUUGAAGUUGCAGCAAACAAGGCUUACCAGGAAAGUUCUUGAAACUGAAGAUCAGUCAGCAUUUCAAUUGCAUGGACCAAUGCCGCGAUAUAUCCAGUUUGCCAGCAAGCAGAAAAAUAAGUGGGACCAUCAGCGUGGCUAUAGGAUCCAGAUGAUCAGUUUUGCUGGGGACUAUCUACCAGAGAGGAGCAAACUCCACAAUUCAAUGAGCUGGGCUAAAUACAAGCUGGCUGUUACCAAGUACAAAGACAAUGAGCAGCACAGCAGCAGCAUCUACAACCAAAAUGAUCCAUGGUCACCAUCGGUUAAAUUCUCUAGCUUCAUUGAUAACGAAAACAUUCAAGAACAGGAUUUGGUGGCUUGGAUUACAACUGGGUUCCUACACAUCCCUCAUUCAGAGGACAUUCCAAAUACAGUGACAGCUGGAAAUGGAGUAGGAUUCUUCCUCCGACCGUAUAACUACUUUGAUGAGGACCCAUCAGUUCACUCUGAGGAUGCUGUGUAUUUUAUGCCUCAUGAAGACCUCAGUUCUUGCAGUGUCAAUCCUUUAGCCUGUAUACCUGAAAAAGCAUCUUGUGUUCCCAAACCCCCACCAUUUACCUAUAAUGGGUUUGAUAAUACUUACAUUGUACUAUAACUGAAAUGUUAUAUUUGGUUUUAGAUUUAUCUCUUUUGGAUGAUGAUUUCAGAAAAAAAAGACAUCAAUUUAAGGCCUAGAAUUUGGUAACAUUAAAAACCUCCCUAUUCAUAGGAUAAGUGUACUUUCAUAUAUUGUCUGUGUUGUGGUCAUCACCUCUGGUGCUUACAGGUCUCUUGUGAAAU